AUGAUUUGACCUUCACUUUCGUUUUCAUAGCGAGGCAAUGGAAACAUGAACACUCCGGUCAUGGCAAGGCUACUGAGAAGUAUAGGUGUUUGUGGAAAGUCCGUCCGCACAAAACAGCUGUGCGAAACAUCUUUCAAUUCACACAGAUGUCUCUCAACAUCAGCAGUGUUACAGACUGAUGACAAUCAUAAGAGAUCCUUUGGGGUGAAACAGAUACAGUUUAUCAAGUCCAUAUUUGACAAGUCGGACUUUGGACCCUAUGAAAUUCAGAAGGAAUCUCAUUCAAGCCAGCUUUCAGACAAAGAAACUGUGUAUGAAAUUCAGCUUCAUGCAGUAAAGCCUGAAAAUAUGGAGGAAUAUUUGAAACAGUUCUCUCAAUUUCAAGAACUGAUGCACAAUAAGAAGACCGGUGCACAUCUGGUCGGGAGUUUUACGGUGGAAAUCGGGGAUCAAGAUGAAGCAAUUCAUAUUUGGGAAUACAAAGGAGGGUAUCCAGUUUUAAAUAAUGCCACAGAAAUCUACAGGACUGACCAGGAUUUUAUUAACUUUCGAAUCAGCAGAAACAAAAUGCUUCGCCACAGGAAGAAUCAGAUUCUUUUACCCUUUAAUUUCUGGCCCGCCCCAGUGCCAAGAGAAGGAAGGAAUAUCUAUGAAAUGAGAAGUUACACACUAAAGCCUGGUUCAAUGAUAGAGUGGUCAAAUUGCUGGGCGAAAGGUUUACGCUUUCGGCAAGAAAAUGAAGUUGCAGUCUGCGGACUGUUUGCCGAUCUAGGUGACUUAUUCACAGUGCAUCACAUUUGGGGAUAUAAAGAUUUACAGACAAGGAAAGAAACUAGAGCAAUGGCCUGGAGCAAACCAGGAUGGGAUGAAUGUGUAGCCUACACAGUACCUCUUAUCCGUCAUAUGGAAUCAAGGAUUUUGAUCCCCACCCCUUUUUCUCCAGUACAGUAAUGGAAUUUUAAGCCACCAUUGCUGCAGUCCUAAAGACACAAAGUGCUGAGAUAUCAUUGAGUGCUGUAUACAAAUCCGUUAAUUUAUAUUUAAGAUUAAGAAUUUACAAGUGAAAGUAAAAGCAAAAUAAAGUGUUAUCUUUUACUCUAGUCAAUCCACUCCCAUUCUGUUAAUUAUGGAUAUAAUGAUAAUUUACAUUUUGAUAUUGAAUGUACAUCUUAAAAUGAGUUUGAAUAGUGUUAUAUUGUUAGGUGCAUAUUAUAUGUUCAUAGGAUUGAAUAUAAUUUACACAUGUAUAGUUUUCUAACUGUUGGUGCAUACGUGAACUUGUCAAUGGUUGUAUAAUUAAUGUUUAAACCAAAGUUUCAUCAACAUUGAGGAAAUAUAUUUCCUUUGCAAUAUAAAGUGCCAGAGUAUUUUUUAUGAUAACAUUUUCAGUGUCUACAGUAUUUUUUUUUAAAUGGACUGUAUACUGAUUCCCUUACAAAUCUCUACCUUUGUAUUACCUUAAUAGUCAUAAUAUAUUUGUUAAAAUAGAUGAAGUGUGCUGAUGCAGCAAUGCUAUUUUGUGAUUAGAUUAUCAACAAUAAAAUGGUUUCAUGUACAACAUGACA